AUGAAAUUAACUGCCUUUGUUGUUCGUUAUUCGCAUGGUUCGGGAUUGGAGGAAUGGGGUGAUACUACUGGAAUAUCGUUUAAUCGUGUUCCAUCAAGUUGGCGAUAUAACAGAAAAUUGGUUGAAAAUGCGGUGAAUUCGCCCAGUUUUCUUAAAGAAUUCACCGGAAUGAUGCAACAACAUUUCGGGAAAUUGGAGACGUAUUGGAAAGAAAUAGGAUUAGAUAAACCACAAGAUAUUCAACUCUGGGUGAAUCAUUUUAUUUCCGAUAUGUUUUAUAUUACCACGACAGGAAAGCAUGUUAAUUUUAUGGCGAAAUACUUUAAUAGUCUUUCGACAAACAAAAAGAUUGACAUUUCUGCAAGCGAUUCAGAAGUAAUUGCGAAAUUCGUAACCGCAGUAAAUUUGGCAUCCGAAUCAAUCUUAUUUUACACUACUGUUCCUAAGAUUCUCAGAAGAACAAUUUAUCAUAAUCUAUCUAAGAAAUACCAUGCAGCUCAUGACACGAUGAAAGAGCUACUCGUCGAGAUCAUUCGGAAUCGAAGAAAGAAAAUCUAUGCUACACCAAUUGGCACCCCAAUUAAAGCUGAUGUUUUGAAUUCAUUAAUUAUCGCCAAUACGGAACGAGAUAUUUCUCACAAGACGGAUGAUGAAUUUUCAAGACCUGCGACAGAUGAAGAAAUUCAAGCAGAUCUUUUUGAAACUAUUUUAGCAUCUGUCUCGACGACGACAACUGCAUUCGCAUUUUUCAUCCAAUACGUUGGCCGUGACAAAAAUGUCGCGAAAAAGCUUCAAGAUGAAAUCGACGCAGUCUUUCCUGGUGAUCCAAAUAGUGAAUGCUCAUAUGAAGGUUUCAAAAAACUUGAAUAUAUCGAAGCAACUCUCAAUGAGUGUAAUGAAGUCUCAAAUUGA